GCAAGCGACGCAUGCGUGUGGAUAUUAAUCAUAUGCCAAUGGGAUAUAAUCGAGAUGGUUUUACGGAAAAGAACGAGCAUGAAUACAGUGAUAUCAGCAGUGUUUGGCUUUGUCCUUUGUCUUCUGGUCCAGAACCUCUUCUAUACAGUCCCUACCAUGGUUACACCUACAUGUCCAACUGUGGACAAGGCGGACGUCGACCGAAUCACAAGUGGCCGAAGCUACACUGACCCUGAUUUUAGUGACUGUCAAGACAAUAAACAUCCGGGUUACAUUCCACGAUAUCCCAGGCGGAGGUGUGCGUCCAAUAAUACAUACACAGACUUUGGUGGUACCAUGACAGCAAAGCAAACUGCGAGAGUGAAUACUUGUGUUUUAAAUUUCGAGUCGGACAAAAAACGGGAACUCGAUUUAGCAAUACAUGAUCCGUCUAUACGUUGGUCGAGCCAUCGGUAUCUGAACAAGAGUAGUUUCGUCAUUGAGGCGGGAGGUCAUAACGGCUUGGAUGUCCAAGAACUCAACUCGAGGUAUCAACCCGGAACUUACGUCGUGUUGGAACCUGUUAAAAAGUUUUUCCAUGUGUUGACCAAGAAAUUCGUUUCCUCGCCGAACGUUGUAGUUUAUAAUUUUGGAAUUGACGUUAGUGAUGGCGUGUUUUAUAUGAACGACGAAAAUAAUGAUGCGGCAUCAAUUUUUGACAAAGAACAAAAUAAAAACAACACAGAGUCAAGGAUUGUGAAUGCCACAAUUUUUUUUGAAAAGAUGUCGGUGAGGAAGAAUGACGUUGACUUAAUAACACUGAACUGUGAGGGGUGCGAGUACGCUGUACUGGACCUUCUCCUCUCCACCGACUAUAUACGACACUUCCGGAAUAUCCAGUUCCAGCCACAUAAUACGCAGGGGAUAUGUUACUCCGUCCAGAGGUACUGCUGGUACCAGGAACUAUUAAGGAAAACACAUAGACUUACAUUUCAAUACAAAUUUAUUUGGGAGAGUUGGAGCCGGAUAUAAUUUACAUCAUCGCAUAUCAUCCGUCCCUUGCUUGACCUAUAUUUGUAUUUUCACUAGUAGGGCUUCUUAUUUUGCUUUAUUUGUCAUGAUAUAGUCGAUAUCGAUUUUUUUUUUUUUUUUUUUUGGUUUUGUGUGUAAUAUAUACGUGUUCGUUUUGGAGGCAUAGUACUCCUCCACCCAGUCCUAUAUGGACACUGCAUCAGAACAAACACAUGUUCGUUGGAUGCCUAUUAUAUUCAAAUAGAUUUAUAAACAGAGAAGUGAUAACAACAGUGAAAAAAACUUAAACAAAAUGGCAAAAAUCCACAUAACGGCAAAAACUUUGCAACUUUGUGCAUGCCCCGGAUGUCAUUAAAAUUUCAAAAUGGCGUCAGAGAUGGAUUGUGUUUUUUUAGAAGCGGUUUCGUUGAAUAUUACAACGGUAAUCACAGGAACAGACAUAGGACAAAACUGUCGGCGAAUCCGAACAUUUCUUUUCAGUGUUAUCUUUUGUGAUAUGUAACUACGUCGUGUUGUUGUCUAUAUAAAUGAACGGAUUGGUUCUAAAAUUAGACAAACUUAAUUGUUUUACCAUUUCUGCUCUCGUAAACAUCACAAGCUGUGACCUCUACAUCCAUGUUGCUAACCAUUGUCACUAGGGUCCAUCUAUCCCCAUAUCUCACAUUAUUGAUUUAAAACUACUUCAUAUCUUAAAGCUUUCUAUUAUUCGUGGUAACAUAAGAAACAAUUGAUUUUAUAUCAUGUAGAUAUUUCGUAUGGUUAAAUUAUUUAUGUGGUGAAUUCUAUCUUUGCUAUAUCACAUUCUUAUAUUAUUAUCAACAUCACGAAUACAUUUUCUCCAUUGUACUUACAUCAGUACCAUGGACUCUGAAUUGUAGUUUUUGAAUGUGUUCCGAACCUUCCCUUCAUUUGUUGUAACCUUUAAAUUUAUAUUUUUAGAUGUAAUUUAUACAUUUUUAUUAUGUAGGUUUAAAGUGUAAUAUUAAUUUACAAUACGAUUGGUUUCGAUAUUAAA